AUGAGUUCGUCUGAGGAAGUAUCAUGGAUAUCUUGGUUUUGUGGUUUACGUGGUAAUGAAUUCUUUUGUGAAGUAGAUGAAGAUUAUAUACAAGAUAAAUUUAAUUUAACUGGUCUCAAUGAACAAGUGCCACAUUACCGUCAAGCAUUAGAUAUGAUACUGGAUUUAGAACCGGAUGAUGAACUAGAUAAUCAAGAUAACCCAAAUCAAUCAGAUUUGAUUGAACAAGCAGCUGAAAUGUUAUAUGGAUUAAUACAUGCACGAUAUAUUUUAACAAAUAAUGGUAUAUCGCAAAUGUUAGAAAAGUUUCAAAAUGGUGAUUUUGGUUUAUGUCCAAGAAUUUAUUGUGAUAAUCAACCAAUGCUUCCAAUUGGAUUAUCUGAAGUGCCUGGUGAAGCCAUGGUUAAAUUAUACUGUCCAAAAUGCAUGGAUGUUUAUACACCAAAAUCGAGUCGUCAUCAUCAUACAGAUGGAGCUUAUUUCAGUACUGGUUUUCCACAUAUGCUAUUUAUGGUACAUCCAGAAUAUCGACCAAAACGACCGACUAACCAAUUUGUUGCAAGAUUAUAUGGUUUUAAAAUUCAUCAAAUGGCUUAUCAACUUCAAUAUCAAGCAGCAGCAAAUUUUAAACAAACCACAGCGACUACAAGACCAAUUCAAACGAUAAUUAAAGACUAA